AUGGCUUGUGCGAGCUUUGCAAGCGACACCUUCCAUGUUUGCGGCCUGUGUGCCCAGGAGGAAGUCCCUCCAUUCAAGAGAGGUUACCCCAUUCAAUGCAUCCCCCCCUUAUUUCCCCUCCCCCCUGCUGCAGAUGUGAAAUUCGUGGAGAAUUCAAGUGUGGUGAAGGAAGCCCAGGAAAAGGCCAACGCAGCCCUGAUGGAGUACACCCUCUGCAACUACCCGCACACCACAGACAAGUUCCGCCAGCUUCUGAUACAGCUGGCUGACGUCCGGUCCCUGAGCAUGCAAGCGGAGGAGUACCUGUACCACAAGCACCUGAGCGGGGACGUGCCCUGCAACAGCCUCCUGAUUCAAAUGCUCCACUCCAAGCGGACUUGA